AUGUCUGCGUCCACAAGAGGCGGUUCAGCGCCGGAGCGAGCGGUGGACACCAGAGAGCUGAACUUUCCAGUUCCUGUGGAGGGCACAAAGACGGAGCCUCCUCCUGUCCAGCAGCAGUUCAUCCCACAUGAGCUUCUGGUUGGCUUCACUUCCACUGUCUGCAACAGGAGCACACUGGGGCAAACUGCACACAUUGGUCGUGGAGUUACACGGCCAGAUCCAGUCUGGCAUCAUCCACUUGGACGCAAGAAGUAUAAACACUUUUUGGAGCAGCCAACGUCUCUGACUGGAGCCGGAAGGGAUAUUUCAUUCCUUUGUGAUGCCAUAGUAACGCAGAGGAAGGCAACACCGCUCCCACCAGUGACUGGCCAGAAUAGCAAUGGAGACACACAAAACUUGAGCAUCUCAGAAAGUCUGAUCCCAGAAGAGUAUCACAUUGUGAAAAACAAAGGGAUACAGAGCCUUGAGUUCUAUGAAGAUGCAUUCACAGUGCAGCUGAAGGAUGAUGAGCAGAAGCUGCGGGUCUUCCCUUCACUGAGGCCCAGUGGCCGGCUGGAAGUGGUCCAGCUGAUGACUGUGAUGGACGACAUGCUGGAGAAGGCUGGAGUGGAUCAGCAGAGUGAGGAGCUGACUGAGCUCUCUGAACUGGAGGGUCUGCUUGAGCUGGUGAAGGUUGAGCAGAACAUCUACAACAUUGUUUUCCAUGAACUGAUCAGGCAGGUCAGUGUGGGCUGUGCUGAGAGAGGACAACUGCUUGCAAAACUCAGGCAGCGCUACCAGUCCCUGCUGGAUCGAAUCCCACGCCGUCUGAAGGCUUUGCACACUGAGGUGGUGGCACAGCGGGCCCUGGACCGCCGGCUCACAGAGGAGAUCCACCGAAUCAAGACAUCCAUCCAGCAGCUAAGCACGGAACUGUCCAAAAUCAGGAACCACGAUGCCUUUGUUUCCCAUCAGGCGGAGCUCGCUCACCGGCAGCUGGCUGAGGCACUCAAGCAGACUCACACCAACUCAGAUGUGGUCCAGGGUUAUCAUGAGCUGUAUGAGCUGCAGAGGGCUCGCCUUGAGGCUCAGCUGCUCCAGAUGACAGAGGACAGAGACUGCUGGAGCCAGCUCACCUUCUGCCUUGCCCUCAAGGUGAUCAGUGUGAAGAAGCUGCAGCUGGUCAGUCGGCUGCAUACCAUCGAGCAAAGCUGGUUCAAGACAGCAGAACACUGCAUUCUUUUCCUCACGUCAACGGAUACAGAAGACCUUAAGAACAUUAUGGAGCUUAAUGACCGCUGGAAAGAGCAGCUGACUGCUCUCAUGUCGCAGCUGAAGCAGACUGAGCAUGCUCAGUGUGCAACCAUCAGUAGCACUCAGCAAGGCAUCGCCAAGUGGCUUUCCUUCUGCACCACAAAAAAUAAGUCUGCUGAUGCAAAAUAUGAUAAAACGUCAGUGGAGGAGCUGCAUGCUGAUUUGAAGCUGUGGUCGAAUAUGUUGGCGCUCCAGUGUGAGCACUACCAAGGUGAGAAGCAGCUUUGCUGCCAGCAGACACUGGGCGAAAUUUGCAGUCGCCAGGAAAAAUGGCUGAAAAUGAGCCUUCACCUGUUCAGAAGACACACUUCUCCUCAUAGUGAACCCCCCGGAGGCCAGCAGGCCCUCAGAGAACUGGACGGGGUUCUAUCUGAGCUCCUCAAAGAGCUGGAAACACAAGUCAGUGGAGAGAACGGGAUCCACAGACGGAUCACGUCACUGCUCGGGUUGAUAGAGUCGUGGGUUUCCAAAAUUGGCGCAGUGAAUGGACAGCCAGAAAUGAUGUCUGUCUCUGAUUGGCUGAAGCUGGAGAAAGCAUUGCGUGAUUGGCAGAGUCUGGCUGAUGAAGCUUUACAGUGCAUCUCCAUCACGCAAACAGAGAGUGAAAAAGACCAGAACAAGCCUGACAUAUACACUGAGACAGAACACAUGUUAGACAAAGUGCAGGAGUUCAUAACCAGCCUGUCCAACUUCACUGAGGGUGAGAACCAAACGCUCCGUGAAGAAGUCAGCUCUGUUCACAUGGCUCAGACUCGCUGGAUGUUGGAUCUGUUGAUCCUCAUGGUGCCCGACCAUAGCGAAGAGCAGAACCAAGAACAAGAACCCCACUACAUCGCAAAGAUCUCACUGCAGACUCUGGAUGAGGAUGCAAAGAUGCUGACUAGGAAACUGGACUAUUUUUCCAGCUACAUCACCAGCUCAUGCACCCUGAUUCUGGAGGAGCGGGUUCUCCUGAACCCACAUGAAGCUGACGAGGAAAACGUGAUGAAUGAGUGCAAAAAUCUGCAGAGGGAGUGUGUUGAUUGGGUGGAGACCUGUAUGAUGCUGCUCUCAGGAGUUCAUGGUGGUCCUGUGGAGCUGCCUGUCAAGCAAUCAGUACUGACGUCCAACGGUAACGUCCUGGUCUCUCCAGCAGAAAGCAUGGAGACUCUGGGGGAGCUAACGGUUUGUGACAGCCCUGUGGUGAGGCUGAUCGACUAUGAUGGAAUUGUCACGCAAAAGAAGCUGGGAGAGACCAGUGUCCAUCUGAACGGGACUGAUGAGCUGGUUGUGUCUCCAGUGACAGAAGAAACCCAGAAAGCUCUCAGUGAUCUGACCACAGCAGGAUUACUGCAGCGUGAACUGCAUGAUUCUGAGGUGCGAGUGAAGAUCGCUGAGGAGAGAGCGCUGAAAGCUGAGGACGACCUGCAGGCAGCGCUGGAGAAGAUUAAAGACCUGGAGAGACAACUGCAGGGUCGGCCCAGUCUGGAGUCCAGAGAGGAAAAGAAGCCACCACCUUCCCCAUUACCAGUAACAGCACCAGCUCCUGUAAGGAAAACCACAGCUGAAAGCAAACCAACAAGCGGCACCAAGAAAACCAGGAAACGAUGAUGAGACGUGCAGUCAGAGCAUAUUAUGACUCUGUUUGUAUGUUUGAGAGU